CUUUGAUUUUAUUCUUUGCAGGCGAAUUUUUUGUUCGACGUCUGUCGUUAAUACGUUUCUUUAAACUCUGUGUUGUAGAUUUUGCUCUCGUGGUCGGACGUGUGUGUUGCGCUGUAAAUUCGUUGCCAAAUAUAUUAUUUUUUUUAAGUUUAAGACAAAAACAAAAAAAUCUUAUUUAGAGCUGCUGCGCUGCGGUUGGCUAAUAAUAUACUAAAUAAUUAUUUAAGAAGAAUAAAACAAAGAAAAUGCACUCACACACCGAGAUACUUUCUAUGUAAACAAAGUAGAAGUACAAAAGAAAAGUUAAACAACUUUACAACAACAAAAUACCGCUAGAAAAUUGUGCAUAGUUACGAACGCACAAGCAAACAAAAACAAACUUGCAUAGAAUUAACAAAAAACACAAUCGAUCAACAUGGAUCCCGAAGCAUUUUUAGAUAUGGCCAAUCAGGUCAUUAAAUUGAAAAUGUUUCCAUAUUUCGAUAUCGCACACAGUCUAUUAGCCGCCCUAGCAGUACGUGAAGAUUUGGGAACAAAUGCUCAGGCUUUCUCACGUAAACAUCCUUUAGCCUGUUGGUUGUCGACAAUGUUGGUGAUAUUUUCUGGAGCUAUGGUAGCUAAUGGUUUAUUGGGCGAGCCCAUAUUGUCGCCCUUGAAAAAUACACCACAAUUAAUGGUGGGCACAGUGGUAUGGUACAUGGUGUUUUAUACCCCCUUCGAUAUUGGUUAUAAAGUUGCCAAAUUUUUACCCAUUAAACUGGUGGCCAGUGCUAUGAAAGAAAUCUAUCGUGCUAAGAAAGUCUAUGAUGGUGUCUCACAUGCUGCCAAAUUGUAUCCUAAUGCCUGGAUUAUCAUGAUUAUUAUAGGUACUUUGAAGGGUAAUGGUGCUGGUUUUACAAAAUUAUUCGAACGUUUAAUACGCGGUGCCUGGACUCCUACGGCCAUGGAAUUUAUGCAGCCCUCAUUCUAUACAAAGGCUUCCCUUUUGGCUUCCAUCAUCUUUGUUUUGGAUAAGAAAACUGAUUGGAUUUCUGCUCCUCAUGCCUUGGUCUACUUUGGCAUUGUUAUCUUUAUGGUGUACUUCAAGUUGUCAUCCAUUUUAUUGGGCAUACACGAUCCCUUCUUGCCUUUCGAAAACUUGUGUUGUGCCAUUUUCUUUGGCGGCAUUUGGGAUAGUUUGGCUAAGAUUUUGGGCCGCGGCCAAGCCAAAGAAGGCGAGGGCAAAGAUGUUAAGAAGAGCAACUAAAAGACUUGCAAUACUCAGUAAAUUUAUAAUGUUAUAAACAGAAGAUCCUAACGAAAACGAAGUCGAUUUGAAUUUAAAACAUGUUUUAAUUUUUCAACAAAAAAACGAAAACGAAAUGCAACACAAAGAGACCUAUCCUAAGCCAAACCCAAACCCAAACCAGACAACACUCAUUUAACGGCUA